AAGACCGUUUGGCUCAAACCGCGAGGAGGGGGCGAGAUCUUCAGAGGCAUUCCGCACCGAUUCACCCGGAAACAAAGAGUCCGGGAAAAUGAGGAUUGCGAUGUUCUCUUGGGAGUCUUUGCAUUCCAUCGCCGUGGGUGGCGUGGCUCCUCACGUCACCGAGUUGGCGGCAGCGCUGCAACGUCGGCAACAUGAGGUUCACAUCUUCACUCGGCGUGGUGACGGUCAGCAAUUACACGAGGAGAUUUAUGGAGUCAUGUACCACCGUGUACAAUGCCCCCCUAGCGAUGAUUUCGUCGACUCCAUGGAAAAGAUGUGCAAUUCCAUGGUGUGGUGCUUUGGUGAGACGGUGUCAAUGGUGGGCGAUUUUGACAUCGCACACGCUCACGACUGGAUGGCAUGCAAGGCAAUGGUGCAAUGCAAAAAUUCUCAUGGUCUUCGCUGCAUCUUCACUUUCCACAGCACAGAGCAGGGUCGAAGCGGAGGCCCUGGAGGUGGCUCCGAGCGCGUGGCAUCGAUGGAAGGCGAAGCAGCCUUUGUCGCAGAUCGUGUCAUUGCGGUCUCCGAGCGGCUGAAGGAAGAGCUUUGUGACACCUAUCAGCUUCCUGAGGCCAAGGUCUGGGUGGUUCACAAUGGCAUCCAGUGUGCACGAUUUGACGGGAUGUUGGAAGAUCCUGGUUCUGUGAAAGGAACUUAUGGCAUUGGUCCAUUGGACCCUGUGGUGCUUUUUGUCGGGCGCAUGGUGGGUGGAAUGAAGGGCGGCGACAUUUUGAUCGAAGCGGUGCCAGAUAUCUUACAAUGCCAUGCCGAUGCGAAGGUGGUUUUUGUCGGUGAUGGAGACAACAAGAUGCAUUGCGAUCACAGGGCCAAGGAGCUCAACGUGGAAGCUUCCUGUCGGUUCUUAGGCGCACGCUCUGGUGAAGAGCUGGUCAAUUUGCGGCGGGUUGGCCGGCAGCUUCUGGGCGCCAGCUUGCAUAAAACACAUGGUCUCUCUGAAAUGGUUCAAGAUCGCUGAUUGUGUGGUUGUGCCCAGCAGAUAUGAACCUUUUGGUCUCACGGUGUGUGAGGGAUGGGCGGCUGGAAAAGUGGUGGUUGCUUCUGACCAAGUGGGCUGCCCAGUGAGCCACGGUGAGGACGGUUGGGUGGUGUCCGCCACGCCUGAGGGCGUCGCCUGGGGCGUGUCAGAGGUCUUUCGUGACUGGGACAGGGCCAGAGAGAUGGGUUCCAAAGGCCGAGUGAAAGCAGCUUUCUCCUUGUCGUGGGAUACUGUGGCACAACUCACAGAGAGGGCCUACCAGGAAUUCUAAGAGGGCCUAAGGCGGACUUCCGGCAUAUCACUUUUCUUUUUGAUUGCAGUCUUUUGAACUCUUGGGCAAUCUUCAACUGUUUCCGUUUGUUUCAACGCUCUCGCAGCGAAAUAGUUGCGGCAGAGUCUCCAAUCCUGCGGCUCGUGCUCGAAAAGCACGGGACAGUGCAACCGGAUGAAAGAUGAAAGACAAGAAAAA